GAGAAAAGACAAGCGCAAGAUAAGGGGGAGGUGCAGUUUCAGAACCGGUCCAGCUCUCUCCUCUCUUCCUGACCAGCCUCUGGCGGGUCUCUCCUCCAACUUCGCCCCGCCGACCCUCAGUGGACCCCAAUGGCCAGCCACAGAUUCUCCUCCGUGUCCGAGGAGGAACCCUGCUGCGACAUUUCCAGGAAAACCAAGAUCUGUCUCUGCGUCUUUUUUGGUCUCCUGAUCGUGGUGGUCAUCGCGGUGCCCGUCGGGAUCCUGAUGUGGCCCCGUCCGCACAAGGAGUGGAAGGGGGAGGGCACCACGGCCCAUUUUUACGAGAUCCUCAUGGGACGGUGCUACACCUACACACAGAUCGUGCGACCUGAGCUGGGACAUAAAGACUGCCAAAAGAUAGGGAAGGCAUUCACAAGUGCGUUUCUUUCGAAGGACCCUUGCAGCAGCACGGAGCAGGACUACGAGCCGCUGAUGGAGCUAACAAAUCAAGCUGUCCCUUGCAACAAGACCCUCUUUUGGAGCAAAUCCAGCCAGCUGGCGCAUGACUACACGCGGGUCCGGCAGAAUAUGUUCACGCUGGAGGACACGCUGCUGGGUUACAUGGCCGACGGCCUCAGGUGGUGUGGAGACUCAGGCUCUUCCGACAUGAACUAUAAAUCUUGUCCAAACUGGAGGGAAGACUGCAGCAACAACUCUUUUUCUGUAUUCUGGAACACAGUGUCCAAAAGGUUUGCAGAAGAUGCCUGUGGCGUGGUCCAUGUGGUGCUCAAUGGGUCCAUCAGUAACCCCUUUGAUGAAAGAAGCACUUUUGGACGCGUGGAAGUCUUUAAUUUGCGUCCGGAGAAGGUUCAUCGACUACAGGCCUGGGUGAUGCAUGACAUCGGAAGUGCGGGCAGUGACUCAUGCUCGAGUUCCUCCAUAAAUGUUCUGAAAUGGAUUCUAAAGGAAAGGAGUAUUGCAUUUUCUUGCGAGAAUAAUUACGGGCCUAUCAGGCUUCUCCAGUGUGUGAAAAAUCCUGAGCAUCCAUCUUGCAGAUUUUAAAGAUGAGCCAAUCAGCACGGUCGUUUCAGAUCUUUGAGCCUUGCAGUAGACAUUGGCACGCGUGGCUGAGGAGACACUGCUGGGAAGCUGAGGACUUGGGGGGAUCUUCCGUCAUGAUGCCAACACUAGAGUCGGAAGCCUUUCCCCCAAAGUUUUAAAAUAACAUAUUAUUGGUAUAGUUUUUAUUUUGAUUGCCUAAUACUCAUGAAAAAUUUAUGGUGUACAAUUACAAUGGAAAUUUUAUAUUAUUUCAUUUUAAUUUUCAUAGGUGCUUUGAUAUGUUUAUAGCUUGGUAGCAUCCUUUGUGUUGAAAAUGACCAUACCAAACCUCUCUUAUUGGUGCAGGUAAUUAAGAGAAGGUAAAUGCCUAUGCUUUUCAGAAAUGUUGCAUUUCUGAAUGAAUGACCUUGUCUCAGGAUAUAUUUUUGUACCCUUUCUACAAAUAGUUAAAGUAUGGGUCAUGUUGUGACCCGUGGUGGUUAUGGGUCAUGUUGGGAAAAGAAUUCUGUACAAUAUCAGCUCCCCACGUGCUUUACCUCCCGCUCUUCCAAUAGCCCUAUGAGGUUGGUACUGUUAACUCCCAUUUGUUAGAUGAGAAAUGGAAGUUCCGAGAGGUUAUAUAAUUUGCCUGAAGUCAUACAUUUAGUUCAAGAUAGAGGUUGAAUUUCAACUCAGCUCUGUCUGACUCCAAAGUAGAUAUGCUCCCUUUCUAGGCCUAUAAUACCAGCUGCCAUGCUUUAUGUUCUCUUCUGAUAAAUGCAUGUUGGAUUAAGUUGAAUGUAAUAGAAUCUGAUCUAUGGUUUUUCUGGGUAGCUUCAAAAACAGAUACUUUUCUUCCUGUCUUCCUCCUCCUCAUGCUCAGUGUCUUACGUAUAUGAUAGGCAGUUAAAAUAUGUAUUUGUUCCCGAUACUAGCAAUUUGUUCUCCCUUUUUUUCUUGAUUAGGCUUGCUUGGGGAUUCAUCACUUUUAUUACUCUUUCAGAGAACUAACCUUUAGCUUUGUUUUCUCUAUCUAUUUAAUUGGUUUUCACUCUUCUCUUUAUUAUUAGGGAUAUAAAUAUUCCUUCUAAUUUCCUUGGGUUUCCUGUUUAGCGUCUUAAGAUUGGAGCUUAGAUCACCGAUUUUUCAGCACACUUUCUUUUUUUUAUAGAUUACUUAGUACUAUAAGUUUUCCUCUGGGUGCUGCUUUAGCUGCAGAUCUUAAGUUUGGUAUGUCUGUUUUUAUUUAUAUUUUCUAAUUUAAUUGUUAUUUAGAAAUGUGUUGCCUAGGGCAACCCCCUCAAGUUCCUUCCCUCUUUGGGAGCUUUGUACUAUCACUCUGCUAUCAUUCCAUAAACCUUGCUUUGCUGCAAAAACAAAAACAAAAACAAAAACAUGAAAGAAAGAAAAAGAGAAAGAAAAAAAAUGUGUUGCCUAAUUUUCAAACACCUGGAUAUUUUCUAGGUUUUUUUUAAAUGUAGAUUUGUUGAAGAAUAAACUAAUCUGAGGACAUUUCAGAGAAUCCAUUAGGUUUGUUGAAAACAGGAUAAAUUUUGAAGUCAGAUGUUUCUGGAUUCAUUAUUUUGGCAUUGCUCUGUAAUCUUGAAUGAAAUACUUAACCUUUUUGAACUUUGGCUUCCUUGCCAUUCAAAUAAGGAUUAUUAUUUACUAUCCCCCCACACAAGGUGUGGUGGGACUAAAAGAUCACAACAAUCAACAGGGUAGCACGGUGCCUUACAGAUGAACUAGCAUUCCACCAAGGCUGGCGCCUUUCUGCUGGCCCCUGGGGGGCAAUCCAGGUUCCUUCAGGAGCCACGGCAGCUGUAGCCACUGUGGGCAGCCCACAGAUUCUUCACUGGCCCCCGUGUCCACAUAGGCACAUCGUCACAGGCUUUAGUCUGGGCUUGAUGUGAAGAUGGAUGCUCAGGACCAGUUCUGAUGAAAGCUCAGGCUUGCCCCAGGGUUCAGUGAACUCUGCCUGCAGAAUGUCUUCAGUGAUAGGGCCCUGCUAACCCCCUAUGUGACCUGGCUGUUUUCCUCUCAGGACCCUUUCUGCCUUACUGUGGGGCUUGCUUGCUGAUUUUUGGACUCUCUAAUGUAUCUUCCUUCUUCAGCAGGAUACCCCUUGAAGUGUCAGAAAAAUUUUGUUCUUUACAUGCCCUUCCACAGAUGAAACAGAGUAGCAGUCAGUUUCUAAGAGUCUUGGGAAGACUCAUUUGAGUGUCCGGGUUCAAAGCUGGUGGAGACUAGGAAGAGGCUGGUCCCAAGGUUUUCACACUGUGCACAGAGCACCCCAGCAAGCUCUGGGGGUUUUGGGGGGUUGGGUCACUCUUUCCUUGUAUGCCACCUCUGUAUCUUCAUUCCCAUGAUACCCAUCCCUACCUCCUGUCUCUCUGCAUUUCCAACUUUGGGUAUCUUUGCAUGACCAUGACCAUGCAGCCAUCUCUAGUCUAAGGACUUUCUGGCCUACAUAUAUAUGAAGACAUCCUUCAUAUCCCUCUUCUUAGAAGUGACAUCCUCACUGCAUUACUGACUGCUCAUAGCCUCAUACUUUACUCAUCAACCUGCUACCUCUCUGUCUCCCAACUCCAUUCAUACUUUCUCUAGAAUAUGUUCUUACCAUCCCAACUUGUACCCACCAUCAUACUUAACCUGAAGGUUGUGACCCAGGACCUAGGUCCCCCUUUCUCACUCCUGAAGGCUCACUGUUUUCCUUCUGUAGUGCUUCUUGACCUUAUAAUAAAUAGUUGAGACAAUCUUAGAAAUACAGUUAUGAAAUUUUAGGUUGAAUACUUGAAAGAAGACACACACACACACACACACACACACACACACACACACAGAGCUCUUGUUGGAAACAAGCUCAACCCAUGUCUGCACACUCCCUGAUAACAAAGGACCCAGCAGGAGCAGCGUUGAUUUGCUUCCUGGCAUCUCAUUUCUCCUUAAAACAAUUCCCAAGACUGUGACUUGAGUUUCUCAGAAUCCAUACUACACAGAAGGUUGGUUGUUUUUUGUUUUUUUUUUUAUAAGGCAAGGAUAAAUGUUACAUACAGAGAAUUAACAUUGUAUGAAGUAAUGUUGAAGUAAACCCAGAGUGUGCUACAACUUUGAAAGGCAUUAUGUGAAUGCAGUGAUAACCCAGGCAUUUUCCCACAGUUGUUUUUUUUAAAUAAUGAAACAAUUUAUUUAUACUAUGAAGAGUUGUCAUUUUUAGCAUAUAUGCUUUUAACAAUUCAUCAGGAACUGAGUAGCUGGGUGUGCUGCCCUGAGAGGCAGUGGUUUGCUGACUUCCAGCUCAUACUCACCAAACACAGAAGGCUUUGAACUGGUCCCUGACAGGGCAUUUAUCCUUGAACUUGAGUCACAGAGAUGCAGCAAGAAUCUCAGCUUUGAGAAACACCUUUGUUCUCUACGAAGACGACUCACCUUGAGACCUCCCUAGAGUUUAAUGUGAUAACGUAGCACUAUGUGUGAUUCUUAAUAAGGUACAUAAAUGUGAAACAGCGUUUGAAGGUUUGAUGCACAAUGCAGACCUGCAGAGAAGGGGAAACUAAUGUGUGAUGUAUCAGGCACUUCCCAUUUUGUAUCAGCCAGCGAUCUCAGCCACAACAGCAGAAUGCAACUCUGGCUGGAAAUGUAUUUCUAGACAAUAUCAACAUCUUACAGAUCCUCCAGGAGGGCAAGAAAACAGUUUGGAAGCCUCUUAGCCAAGAAAAACACCCAAAAUUACUCCACAGACUGGUCAGAUGGAGGUGUCGUUCUUGCCCUGAGGACACUUGGCUGUCACUUUGUCAUUGCCAGAUGUGGCCACCGCUGUUUCCGGGAAUAGAAGAACAGUAGUCUCCCCACCCUUCUCUGUGAGGGAUAUGUUCCAAGAUUCCCGGUGGAUGCCUGAGACUGUGGAAAAUACUGAGCCCUAUGUAUAUUAUGUUUUUUCCUAUACAUACCUAUGGUAAAGUUUAUAAAUUAAGUGCAGUAAGAGAUUAACAACAAUAACUAUGAAUAAAAUAGAAUAAUUAUAACAAUAUACUGUAA